UAAUUUUCCUGGUUUAUGCAGAAACAGGAAGUAAAUUGUUGAUAAAGUGAUUGGUUAGACGUUGUGUAUAAUGACGUCAGCAUCGUCGAGUAGUGCUCGUUCUCUAUUCGCAGAAUCUAAGCAGCGUUUGGCAGAACGAGUUCAAGUCAAUAUGAACAAUAUUUCGUCUUUAACUCGUCAAAUUCUACGAGGAUCUAAAUCUAAUGAGCUUCUAUCAAAAGCAUCCAGAGACUUAGUGAGUAUGGAGAACCAAAUGGAGAACAGUGAAGAAAACUUGAAGAAGAUGCACCUAAUAGCGGUACACAUGGGCUAUCAGUUUGAGAACAUCCAUAAAUCGGCUGAAAUGCUCAAUGAGAUCAGUGAACAGGUUGCCAGUAUGAAGAGAUGAUAAAAAUUGAUUUUUUAAAGAUUUUUGGCAUAUACAAAGACUUAACUUCUUAGUCGACAUCUUUUAAUGGCUAUGAAUAGCAACUGAAGCUAAAAAUCUUUUACUAUGGUGAUCCCUUCGAAAUUGCGAAUUAAUACGUCAAUGCAUCCCACUGUUGGGCACGGGUUUCGUCUAAGGAAAGGAGUAGGAUCAUAGGCCGCCAUGCUGGCUCAAUAUGGGUUGGGGACGUCACAUUUUCAAGGGUUGUGAACCUUUGAAAUGCAGAUUUUUCGCUUGAAAUUGGACUAUACGUCGUUUAUUUAUUGUGUUCAAAUUUGCAGUUUAAUAAAGUGACAGUUAAUUCCAUGUUCGCUUUACGUUAUUUGUUCUGCAAAAAGUAAUUAUUGCUAUGUAAAAUCGAUAAGGCGCUUUCUUUAUAUUUUUUUGCGCUCAUUAAAUUUGAAUAUUUUCGAAAUCGUCUGUAGUGUUGAAAGAUGAAGGUGUCGGUUUUUUAAAUAUAUUUUAUUUAUGGCAAUGAUACUAAAGUAAACACACAGCCCAAUUCAAUGUUAUCAAUUUAUUAUUAUCGCAUACUAUUUUUUUCACAUGUAGGUCAAUAAGUAUAUAAGAUCUUUGAGUGACGUCAAAAGCACAUGAAACUUGGCACUUUGGACUUGCCGGCACCAUUGAGUAGCGAAUUUAAAUCUUAAGUGUUAAGCUGGAUGUCCUCUUAAUCUUUUAAUAUUGACCCCAAAUUGCUAUCACCGCGUUUAGAUUAAUGACCGGUUAUUAGAUCGUCGUUUGCUCGCCCAUGUGAUAUUUAUAGCAUCGUAAUUAAAAUAAGUUAUGCUUACUUUAGUUUUAGAAUUCUUAAUUUAGUUUCAAAAUGGCCGCCGUAAAGAACCGCGAAAAAAUGUCAGAUAACUAUAGUAUUAAAGAAAAAAUUCCGAUUUAAGAUCUGGCAGUAAGGUCG